CCCUCUCCUUAUUCAUCCUCUUUCCUCUCUUCAUUAUUUUCAAGAUUAAUACUCCCCCAAAACACAUUAUUCUUUGAGUUAAUAAUAUUACCAUCUUUCCCUCAAUAGUUUUGCAUAAUAAUUAUAUGCACAAGCUUGCUAAUUAAGCUCUGCUGAAAAUGUCAUUGUGGUCAUCAUCAUUUCUUGGUUUUCUUCUUCUGCUUCUUGUGCUUACUACUUCCUGUGAUGCUGUUGACAGUUAUGGAGAGAAACAGGUAGUUUUUCCGUUGAAAAAACUCCAAAGCAGAACAUGGAGGAAAGGGUACAACCUUAACCCAACUUGUUCAUCCCAGAAAUCAAGGAAAGAAAAUGGGGCAACCAUUUUGGAAAUGAAGCACAAGGGCUUGUGUUCUGGGGCAAUAAAGAAUUGGGAAGAAUGGCAGCAGAAAAGCCUGGCAGAUGAUGAGAUUCGGGUUCGAUCGAUACAAUCCCACAUCAAGAAUUCUAUUUCCAGAAAGAAAAUUGAGGGGGAUUCAGCACAAGCCCAGACACCAAUCACUUCUGGUUUAAAACUACAGACUCUAAACUACAUUGUGAGCAUAAGCAUAGGCAGUAGAAACAUGACAGUAAUUGUUGAUACAGGGAGUGAUCUGACAUGGGUCCAAUGCCAGCCUUGCAGAUCAUGUUAUAGUCAACCACAGCCUCUCUUUAACCCCUCACUGUCCCCUUCUUAUCUCUCGGUCCCGUGCAAUGCGUCGGCCUGUCAGUCUCUGCAGUUUGCGACGGGGAAUUUAGGGCUCUGUGGGGGGAACGCGAGCGUGUGUAGCUAUUCGGUGAGCUAUGGCGAUGGAUCCUACACGAACGGGGAAUUGGGAAGGGACCAUUUGGUUCUUGGCACAACUAAAGUUGAGGGUUUUGUGUUUGGGUGUGGGAGGAACAAUAAAGGGCUGUUUGGAUUAGCCUCAGGGCUGAUGGGGCUUGGGAGGAGUGAUGUGUCUCUGAUUUCUCAGACCAAAGAUGUUUUUGGAGGGGUUUUCUCCUACUGCUUACCUUCAACCGAGGCUGAUGAUUCCGGCUCUCUGGUUUUCGGGGCCAAUCCAUCGGUUUUCAAGAACACGACGCCCAUUUCUUACGCUGCAAUGCUUCAGAACCCACAGCUCUACAGCUUCUACACUCUCAACCUCACCGGGACCAGCGUUGGCGGAGUGCAGGUUCAAACCUCCGGCUCUGGCAGCACCAACGGCAUCAUUCUCGACUCCGGGACUGUCAUCACGAGGCUUCCCCCGUCCACCUACAAAGCCGUGAAGGCUGAAUUCCUGAAACAGUUCUCGGGCUACCCUGUCGCUCCAGGCUUCUCAAUCCUCGACACUUGCUUUGAUCUCUCAGCCUACGACGAAGUGAACAUUCCCACUGUCAAACUGCACUUUGAUGGUGGGGCUGCCGAGCUGAGCGUGGAUGCCACCGGGAUUUUCUACUUCGCCAGGAGAGACGCUUCUCAGGUCUGUUUGGCCCUGGCAAGCCUCGCCUAUGAAGCCGAGAUUGGGAUUAUAGGAAACUAUCAGCAGAGGAACACCAGGGUCAUCUACGACACGAAAAAUUCACACGUCGGGUUUGCAAAAGAGACCUGCAGCUUCAUGUAGACCAAACUGGCAAAGUGACUAAUUGGCAGAACCAAACAAGCCUUAAGAAGAUUCUUGGUAUAGAAAUAUUAUCUGCAGUUUUACCUGCUAAAAACUGCAGAAUAGAUAAUGUAUGCAAGUUAUAAUGGCUAAGAAUGUUACCACAAAACAAUCAAGUGUAAUAUUCAUGUAAAAUUGUAUGAUGCAACUUGGAGAUCAAUCCAAUUGUUUAAAAAAA